AUGCAUCUGUUUCUCGUCUUGGCAAACAGGACAGAGAGUGAAUUCGUGCACAAGAGAGUGGAGAAGUGUCUGUCAGACGCGGCAAAGCAAGGACGGCGAGGCUCCACGUCGAGGGAUGUUUUCGUGAUCUCGGGGGCAAUUGAAAUUAGGAUUGGCCCUGCGUAUUUGAGUGGCAGUCCAUUUGCGGCCACGUGGAGUAGCCAUGUCGGGUAA